UCGCUACACACUUUGUUGUUCUUUCUUGAGAAAUCAUGCCUGAGCCAGCGAAGUCCGCACCUAAGAAGGGAUCUAAGAAGGCCGUCACUAAAACCGCCGUAAAGGGGGGCAAGAAGCGCAAGAGGUCCAGGAAGGAGAGCUAUGCUAUCUACGUCUACAAGGUACUGAAGCAGGUUCAUCCUGACACCGGGAUUUCCUCUAAGGCCAUGGGGAUCAUGAACUCUUUCGUCAAUGAUAUUUUCGAGCGUAUCGCCGGUGAGUCCUCUCGUCUCGCUCACUACAACAAGCGCUCCACCAUCACAUCGAGAGAGAUCCAGACCGCCGUGCGUCUGCUGCUGCCCGGUGAACUCGCCAAACACGCCGUGUCUGAGGGAACAAAGGCCGUCACCAAGUACACCAGCUCCAAAUAAAUCUGUUGAAUCUUUCAACACCCCAAAGGCUCUUUUAAGAGCCACCCACUUUAUCAACUAGAGAGCAUCCAGUUUGCUUUAA